AGUCUGAUGAAGAUUGGCAUGCAGAGCUUGUGUGGAGAGUUGGAUAACCAGACCACAGAGCUGAGAACAACAUCAAAAGCUGCCGUGUUGCCGUUGGCAAGCUAACUCCUCAAUGUGAAGCUAUCCCAUGAUGCAACAUGUGUCCCCAGCACCUGCAGUGACAAUGAUGGCCACCCAGAGUGUUCCUCCACCAUCGUACCAGGAGAGCCAACAGAUGACGGGCACAACUCAACAGAACACCAAGACCCCCCAGGUCCACAUCCCAGCAGCCUCUGCAGCAGGAAAUACCUCUGUCAGUGUGACCCUCGACCCCCAGGCCCAGCUUGAGUCUGACAAGAGGGCCGUUUACAGACAUCCGCUGUUCCCCCUGCUGGCGUUGUUAUUUGAGAAAUGUGAGCAGGCCACACAGGGAUCUGAGUGCAUCACAUCGGCCAGCUUUGAUGUGGACAUCGAAAACUUUGUGCACCAGCAGGAGCGAGAACACAAACCCUUCUUCAGUGAAGACCCAGAGCUGGACAACUUGAUGGUGAAGGCCAUUCAGGUGUUGCGGAUCCACCUGUUGGAGUUGGAGAAGGUCAACGAGCUCUGUAAAGACUUCUGCAACCGCUACAUCACCUGCCUCAAGACCAAGAUGCACAGCGACAACCUCCUCCGGAACGACCUGGGAGGACCCUACUCUCCGUCACACACCAGUCUCAACAUGCAGCAGGAACUAAUUCAGACCUCCUCUCCAUCCAUGACCUCUGUCUCCAGCUCUGUUAACCCUUCUGGGAUUGUGGUGCCUGCCGGGACUCUGCAACAGGGCAAUCUAUCCAUGACAACCAUCAACUCUCAAGUGGUGUCAGGUGGGACCCUGUAUCAGCCGGUUGCCAUGGUGACAUCGCAAGGGCAAGUGUUAACGCAGGCACUGCCACCGGGAACCAUCCAGAUCCAGAACUCACAGGUCAAUGUGGACCUGGCAUCCCUGCUGGACAGCGAAGACAAGAAGUCCAAGAACAAGAGAGGGGUCCUGCCCAAACACGCCACCAACAUCAUGCGCUCCUGGCUCUUCCAGCAUCUCAUGCACCCAUACCCCACAGAAGACGAGAAACGACAGAUUGCUGCACAAACUAAUCUCACCCUCCUGCAAGUGAACAACUGGUUCAUUAACGCCCGUCGGCGUAUCCUUCAGCCCAUGCUGGAUGCCAGUAAUCCAGACCCGGCUCCUAAAGCCAAGAAGAUGAAGUCCCAGCACCGCCCGACUCAGCGCUUCUGGCCCGACUCCAUCGUAGCCGGAGUCCUGCAGACGCACAGAUCUCAAUCAGGAAACAACUCUGACAACCCUCUGAGUAUGGACUCCCUCCACUCGCUGUCAUCGGACUCAGCCACGCUGGCCAUGCAGCAAGCCAUGCUGGGAGCCGACGACUCCAUGGACGGCACCGAGGAGGAGGAGGAGGAAGAGGAGGAGGAGGAGGAAGAGGAAGAAGGAAUGGAGGAGGAAGAGGAGGAGGAGGAGGACGGGGAAGAGGACAACAACAGGGAGAGACAAAUGUCCAGCGUGGGAGGAGGAGGAGUGAGGAGAGAGCUGAGCAUGGAGCACAGAGAGGAGCUGGAGGUGUGCAAAAUGUCCAUCGCCCAGGCAGCGGCCAAGGCCAUGCUAUCUGACUCCCUGCUGCAGGACGGCGCGGUGAUAAACCGGAUCCAGCACCUGGAGCUGGAGCUUCCCCUGGACAAGGUCAUCAAGUUUGUGUCCGUCGGCCUGCCGCUGAUGCUCGUGUGCAUGGCCUUCGCCCGCGAGAUCUCCCUGGGGCCUCAGAUCAGCUGUUUCCCCCCGAGCAAUUUCACCAUCAAGCAGGCCAGCUAUGUGGACACGUACUGCUGGGACUCUCUCAUGCAUCACGAGUUUGACAGCGACGGGAACUUCGAGGAGCGCUCACUCUGGGUACACAAGAUGUUCCCGUACUCUCUCAUGGCCAUGGCCGUGUUGAUGUACCUUCCGGCUCUGAUCUGGCGCCAGCUCGUAAUGCCCACUCUGGGCUCCGACCUGCUAUUCAUCAUUGAUGAACUAGACAAGUCGUACAACCGCUCCGUCCGGCUGGCUCAGAGCAUUCUGGAUAUGAGGCAGAACACUCAGAACCCGCUCACAUUUCAGGCCGAGCUCCAAAGGGCCAAGAGGAAGCGAUACUUUGAGUACCCUCUGCUGGAGAGAUACAUGCAUUGCAAACAGAAGUCCUACUUCCUUGUUAGCAUGCUUUUCUUGCGGGGUUUCCUCCUCCUGACCUUCAUGACUGCUGCCUGUCUCUACCUGGCCUACUUCCACCUCUCCGCCUUCCUGCAGGAUGAGUUCAGCUGCUUCGUCCGCACGGGCAUGCUGCGGGAUCAGAACUGGGUCCCCGAGCUGGUUCAGUGUAAAAUGAUUGGCCAGUUGGUGUUCCAGGUGAUAAGUGUGGCUAACGGUGCCAUCUACGUCCUGUUGGCGCCGAUCGUCCUCUUCAGCCUGCUUCGGCUCUUCAUCUGGGACACCACAUUCAUCUCUGUAUACGAGGUCCUCCCAGCCCUGGAUCUGAUUAAACAGGGUAGGCUCGGCUGCCCGCUGAAUGACCUCAAUGUCCUCCUGCUAUUCCUGCGCGCCAAUGUGGCCCACCUGAAGUCCUAUGGGAACGUGAGGGCGUUUUGCUCGCUGGCGCCUCCACAGGUUGGCAAUGCUACUGCAGGGCAGGGCCUGAACGCGAUGCUAACCCAAGAACAGCUGGAGGAGCGCGAGGAGGCCGCGAAGGAGCUGUCGGAGGAGGUGGAGGAGGCCAAAGAGGAAGGGAAGAUCAGCCUGGUGGACAUCAUGACUAUUCUGGGAGCAGCUCAGGGCAGAGUGGUGAACUGCAGCGAGAAGAGGCCACUCAUUGAGGAGAAUAUGAGCCUGGAGCCAAACCACCAGGGGUACCAUGAGUUGAAGGAGACCGCACCAUUUAGUCAUUACUAGGCCUCCUGCGGACUGAAUCAAUGUGAUAACGGUGUGGGGGGUCGUAAAGUAGCUGUAAGAAUGCUUUACCUACAAAGACUGGGGACAGGACAGCAAUCAGGGUUUAUAUUUCCUUUUUUUUUUUUUUUUACAUGCAGACUGAACACAAAAUCACCUCUUUUAGAAUAAAAUGGAAAAGUGUUUUGACUUGAAAUGUCAAUGCGUUUUGAUCGCUCAGUUUUCAGCAUUUGUACAUCUGCAGCGGUUGCAUCCUUUUUUUUUGUCUCUUUGGAAGUGUUAUAGUUGGAGGAAAACAUGCAGGUGAAAGUGGCUGUUGUAUUCAAGGUGUGAGAACACAAAGAAAAGAAAAUGUAUUGAUCUGAAAGUAUUCAGUAAGUCGUGGAAGUCUACAGUGAACGUAGAUGAUCAAGAGACAGAAAAUCAUUCCUUAGAAGUCGUUGAUUUCUGUACCUGAGCUUCAAAAGGGUUUCAUUUUAUAUGUGAUAUUGUAUUGCUUUUUUCCACUUCCUUUUUUUUGUAUCAUUCUGGUGUUAUUGAAUUUAUCAGCAAACAAAAUAUGUUUUUAUUAAGUGUCUUGUAUUGUUUGUUAUUCUAAAUAAAUGGAAUUUGUACAAUAA